AUGCAAGAACAAUUCGAGCCUUUGAAGAACGAUCUUCUGCUUAGAGCCGCAAGAGGCGAGAAAGUGCAGCGUCCGCCGAUAUGGGUUAUGCGACAGGCGGGACGCUACCUUCCUGAGUACCACGAAGCGAAAGGUGGUCGCGAUUUCUUCGAAUGCUGCCGGGACCCGGAAGUUGCAUCAACCAUCACCAUCCAACCUGUGGAACGGUAUGCCGGUCUGAUCGAUGCUGCCAUUAUCUUCUCGGAUAUCCUGGUCAUUCCCCAGGCUAUGGGAAUGGUUGUUGAGAUGGUCGAUAAGAAGGGCCCUCACUUCCCCGAGCCAUUGAAGUCGCCGGACGACGGGCAAUAUGAGAAAGUGAUGCAAAAGGAGGUGGAUGUUAAGGCGGAGCUUGAUUACGUUUACAAAGCCAUCACGCUCACCCGGCAUAAGCUGAAGGGCCGUGUGCCUCUGAUUGGAUUCUGCGGUGCCCCAUGGACCUUGCUGUGCUAUAUGGUUGAAGGCGGCGGUAGCAAGAUGUUUGUUCAGUCUAAGACCUGGGUUUACAAGUACCCUAAGGAAUCUCAGGCACUUUUGCAGAAGAUUGCAGAGAUCUGUGUGGAAUACCUUGCUCUCCAGGUCGCCUCGGGUGCCCAGCUGGUCCAAGUCUUCGAUUCUUGGGCUGGUGAACUCUCUCCCUCAUCAUUCAAGUCGUUCUCGCUUCCAUACCUGCGCCACAUCUCUGCAAACCUGCCCAAGAGAUUGAGAGAGAUGGGAUUGGAGCCGGUGCCAAUGACAGUCUUUGCCAAGGGAGCGUGGUAUGCUCUCGAGGACCUUUGCGAGUCGGGCUACAACGUUGUCGGCCUUGACUGGCUACACGACCCUGCAGAGGCUAUGCGGAUUGCCAAGGGCCGAGUGACUAUCCAAGGAAAUGCCGAUCCAGGUGUGCUCUACGGCGGUAGACCUGCCAUUGCUGAAGCCGUCGAAAAUAUGGUCCAGGGAUUCCAGAAAGGCAAGCAAGGAUGGAUCGCUAACUUGGGACAUGGUGUCACUCCUUUCGUUAAGCCGGAUGACCUCAAGUUCUUCUUCGAAGAGAUCCACCGGUUGACCUUGUCUUGA